AUGGUGGUUUCCCUUCUUCAUGUUGUUGUCUUGGCUAUUCUGAUAGCGAGGCAUAUCUCCCAAGCCCCCCCGCUCUCAUCCAUCGAUGUCCUCGAGCAGCAGGAGACGCACGUCGUCAAGGUCCUCUGUACACACACGGAUUGACCACCUCGUGCGAGACUGUGUGUUUUCUGGUCGUGUGUGUAUGGUUGCGUGUGUGCGUGUGCAGGACAUGCUAUGCGCUUUGUUCCCCGCCACGUGCUAUCUUCCGCGGUCUCCCUCCCCCUUCCUCAAGGCGCCCUAUUUGAGGUACGAGCCUGACCUGAGUGACGAAUUUGAGUACACCAACGGGAGGCACACAUCAUCCCACCGACCCCUAAAGGGAUUGAACGAGUCCAAGUGGGAUGUCCGUGCUGACGACUGUGGUAUUGGCGAGGACACCAUGUGCUCGGCUGACAAUGUCAAGGUGGAGGGCGGCCUCCUGAAGCUCAGGGGGCGGCUGGAGGGCCCCCUCGCGCUCGGUGCGGGCAUCGUCGCCAAGAGGCCCAUGACGGACGGUGCCUGUGAGGUCAAACUGCGCUUUGAAGACAGGUAUACGCCGACCGAGUGGGGGUGAAUGCAGACACCAACAGACAUACCAUGCUUUGUCUGUCUUUGUGUCCUUGUCGUCUCCCGUGGCUGACAUCUGCAGGUUUGGGUGGCACGAGGUAGGCAGUCUCACUUCAGUGUCGGUGUGGGUGCAUCUCUUUUCCCUGCCUGCCCGCCUGGCUGCCUGCCUGUAAACCUCCAGGCAGCGUGGGCGAGGGGCAUGCCUGCGAUGGUAUCACGGGGGCAGUACGAUUGGGGGAUAUUCAAUCGCCUGGAGAUCGAUAUGUAA